AUGCCUCCCAGAAAGCGCGCUCUCGCUGACAGCGACAGCAAUGUCGGAGUUGCAACUACAAAGCCCACGAAGGUGUCGAGAGCAGCGAAUGCAUCGUCGCCAUCGGGCUCGCGAGCAGCUCCAGGUUCUAUUGAAGCUCCGCCCACAAUCCCAACAUCUGCUCCAGUCUUGGCCGCGGCUUCCGCUCCUGCUCCUGCGCCAGCGCCAGCUCCGGGUUCGCGUACGGCUCAAAUCCCGAUUUCGUACCGCAUCCCAAUGGGACCCAAUGGAGAGUUCUUCAUGCCGACUGUGAUGCCGAAGGAGUCCGUCGAUCACAUCCACAAGAUUCCCAUGCCUGACUGCUGGGUUGUGGCCAUCGAUGCGACACCGGAUCACAGCAUGACGCUAAACAGCCGCGAGUGGUGGGAGCAGUAUGGUGUGGUAAACAGGAAAAAGAACAUCUCUGGCAAGCUGGCAUCCCUCUAUCCCGACCACCCCUGUGUCUCUUCCGUACGCGGACUGGACAUUUCGCGGUUUUGGAUCCUCGAGACGCUGAAGCGCGACCAAGACUCCUUUCAGAUGCACGUGUACAACGACUUCAGUCUGUAUGGCCAGCUCGAAGUGCUCCAAAAUAUUCUUAUCCAAUUCAACCAAGUAUACGAACGCAACCCGAAUAUACAGCAGCUGUGGCCGUUGCUGGAGAGUGUCGCUCUGUUCCUCAACAGUGGAUUUAUCGACUUAAGCAUGAUGGAUGACCCAGAGCAGGUCGGUGCAAUCAUUGAGAUGCUCGGCUACAUGACAAUGGCCACUAUCGAAUAUAUCGACAACAAGCUCGCCCCGACGCAGGACUUGAAUCUUCCUAAUACCGGCUUUAUUACCGCGAUGCUUGUAAGCUGGGCUUGGGGUGUCGGCAUAGAUUUUGAGGACUGGGCCGACAAGGCGACAUGGCUUCACCGCGUCUUGCAGCGGGCUGACCGUUUGAAUGUGACGCUUGUUGGGGUGCCUGGAAUUGACGCGACCCUCACGGCAAUUCGGGCUGUGCAAGUGCCUGGGGCCGUUAUGCGGAAGUGGACAGACGUGAGGUGGGCUACACAGGAUAUCAGCUACGAGGGCCAGUUUCGCCGUUCACCAUUCUGCAGAUGA